AUGGCAGAGGAAGAGCUAAAUGACAAGAUCAUCACGCUCAUGGAUGGAGAUCCCUAUUUUUCUUGCGUUGAGCCCAGUCACAGCGAAGCAGGAUUACAAGAAGGCGAAAAAGAGCUGCUCAACUAUAAAUUUCCACUAAUGGGCGCUUCGUUGAUUUCCGGUGCGCUUGCACGCGCAACCUCCGCGACGCUCGUGACUCCGCUGGAAUUACUGCGCACUAGGCUUCAAGCCACGGAGGGAAGCACAUUGGCCGUGUUGGAGCCUUUAUACAAGGAAAUGCAGCGCAAAGGCGUUAGUGUCCUCUGGCGCGGAUUGUCCGCCACGCUUUGGCGGGACGUUCCAUUCUCUGCUAUUUACUUUUCGGGAUAUGAAGGCGGAAGAUAUUUGCUUACAGGCGGUGGGUUUGGCGAAGGCCACACAUCUUCAUUUUGGCACGAAUUCGGUAUUUCCUUUGGGCUGGGUGCUACCAGUGGGUCUGUCGCUGCAUUUGCAACGCAUCCAUUUGACUUGGUCAAGACGCGCCUGCAAGCAGACGCGGAUAUUAAUCCGCGUAAAGGUGCAAAUUCCACAUCCACUGGCUCCAUUUUCUCCGUGUUGCAACGCGUUGUGCAAUACGAAGGAAUGCCCGCAUUGUUCCGCGGUCUUUCCCCGCGUUUGGCCAAAGUUGCACCAUCUUGUGGCAUAAUGAUAGGAUCGUAUGAAGUGGUUGGCCGCUACUUAGCAGGUUUACAUGCAUGA